CCGUCAGUUCAUGUCCAAUCAGAAGUGGUCUCGGAGGCAUGGCGCCAUAGAUCAACUGCACCCGUGCGCACGGUGACCCGCUGGGAGCAGCGCGGGAGGCGGGAGAGCAGCGGUAGACGGGCAUGUAGAACCUGUGCCCGGUGAGAGUGGCACAUCAAGGCGCCAUGCCACAGGGGAAGAAAUGGUAAUCUACCGAGUACUAGUCUGCAGGGGUUGAACACUUAUCAAGUCGCAUGUUUUAAGAGAAAGCGGUCUGCAGAUAAGACACAACCAUUUUUUCCAGAUAAUUCAAAUAAUGAUGCUAAAAAAUCCACUGCUGAGGCUACAUUGAAGCCUGUGUCACUCAGUAAGGCAUGGAUGCGAUGUAGUGAAGGAUUUGAUGGGUGUCGGGUACAAAAGGUAUUUAGGUCAUGUGAAAGAAAACCCCAAGCUGUCCGGCAUUUAGCAAAGUCAUUUGUAUUUGAUGAAGUCAUCUUUCUUCCAGAAACCUCGGCGGAUGAAAGCCUGAAAGAUCCGGCAGACAUAGUUUGGAGUUCCAGUGAUCAUGAUUUGUCGGAUGUUGGCAGUGAAGGCUCAAAUUCACAGCCGGUCAUUGCUGAGCUGUCCCCUGAAAAUGGCCAGAGAUCGCAGGACAUUGCUAUGUCCUCUUCUACGCAGGGUUGUAGUGGGAGUGACGUCCUUCACAUUACUGACUGGCAGGAUGACAGUGAUAUUGAGUGUGAUAGAGAGAAGUGCAGUGUGUCUGAAGCAGCUGAGAGUGUAGUGGAGAUCUCAGACUCUGAAUCCCUGUCCAGUGACCUUUUAGUGUCCCAGCAGCAGAGUGAGACUGAGCCUGCUAAAGCCAUCGACAUUGUUGAAUAUUUGUCUGAUGAUCCACCAGAUGAACCUACUUUGCCAGCAGCCAGGCAGGACAUUUCAGUAGGAGGUGAAAAUGUUAUACCAUCUUCUGGGAAAUCAGCGAGUAACUGGUUAAAAACGGCACAGAUUCUGUUACAGACACCGGAGAAGAAACUCAACAAAAAUUUCAAGACUCCGGAUGACUCUGCUAAGAAGAGAAAGCGCUUCCUCAGGGGAGGACUAGCCGAGAGGUUGAACCGAUUGCAGAACAGGGAGAGGUCUGCCAUUACUUUUUGGAGGCAUCAGUGUGAAUCUGAUUGCAAAAUACCUUUAGGAGAUAAAUCGGGGACACUGAUGAUAAAGAUAAUUGAGGUUCAUGAAGAGUGCUCAGUGCAGGUUGCAGUGUAUCAGCCAGUGACAGGAGUGCAGAGUGAUGGUGACUUUUCUGCAAGUCUUCCUAAAGAUGUCAAGCUAAUGGUUCUGUUCACACGGCAAACUGCAGCCCAACUGAAGUUGGGUCCAAAUGACAUAAUCGUUAUUUAUCCACCUUGGCAAAGAGUUACUCUCCACGAUCAAAACGUUUCAGUUAUUCUAAACACACAUUUCAGCCAAAAGAUUAUCUUCAACUCAAGCGAGGGCACAGAAAAUAAAUUAUGCAGUUCGAGUACAAUGUCAGUAAUAAAAAGAAUGGUGCCAUUAUCUUUAGAGUUUAAAAUGAACAUUGGCGGCCUCAGUUGUGAAUUGGAAUGCGAAGGCCAGCAAAAGGUUUCAAGCUACUGUGUUACUAAUCAAAGUCCAGUAAGUGAUAGAGGCAAGAAAAUCACAUCAAGCGUCAUUAUUAAUGACUCUCUUCUGGAUGUGGUGGAAACCCAGAGAGCUGCAGGGGGAAAAGUCUGCAUCCGUGUGGUUGUUCAGCGUGUAUACUACCUUACUGCGCGGGAUGGGCCUGAUUGUCUUCUGCGAAGGAGCACUAAGACUAUUUCUGACCCUAGUGCAAACUUAGACAAGCCAGAAGUCAGAAUGUGUCUCCUCAUCCAAGAUGCAUAUGGGAUAUUCAGUGAGCUCCAUGUGCAGUUUGCAAGCACUCCUGUAGAUGACAUCAGGAUAUUCUGCGAGACAUUGGAAGGCAAAGCAUGCCUUCUCUCCGGAAUGAAGAUCUUGCAGAGAACCACAAGGGGAAGGGCCCCAGGACUCUUCAGUUUGAUUGACAGCCUGUGGCCUCCAUUGGUGCCUAUAAAAAUUCAUGGACACAGUCAGGAACAAGGACAGGUGGUGCUGGCGAACUUGCCUGCUCCCAGCUUCUGUUAUGUUCUGGCUGUGAGUCACGAAGAGGGAGAUAAUAAUAUCAAAGCAGAAGAUGCAAUGUCAGAACUUUACCUGCCUCCAGUAAUUCACAGUCUUGAAGAAAUCCUGCAGGUGAUUGUUGCCAAUCAGCGACGCAGCUUUUGGGCACAAGUCAUAUACAUGAGGCCGGAGAUACCAAGUAAGCAGAAAGAGUUCUGGCUAUACGUGACUGAUACUACUCUGCAAAACGCACCAGCUCCAUCAGGAUUUCCUCGUGUCAUAUUAGUGUGCGUGUUGCCGACUUGUGUACUUGACCACAGGGUGGUAGAAGCCCUUUCAAAGAGGUCGCCUUGCACGAUCUUUUUCAAAGAUGCUGUGAUAGAAAAUGAGAGGAUAAUUUGUGUUGAACGCACAGUUCUCUCAUUACAAAAGCCCCUUUUAUCCUGUGCUUCUGGCAUUAACGAGCUGACUGGUCCUGUCAGACUAGAUGAACUGGAUUCUGCAACUGGGGUGAACUCACUGUGCACCGUGAAAGGGACAGUCAUUGGAGUGAAUGAGAGAGAAUCUUUUUCAUGGCCAGUGUGUAACCUUUGUGGGAGCAAUAAGCUACAACCAUUGGAUUCGGACAGACAUUCAUUUUUCUGCCGCCAGUGCGCUCUGAAUGUAAGUUCUCCGGUCAUCAGAAUGCAGCUUGAAGUUUUUCUGCGGUGUGAAUUAAGGCCAGAAUGUAAAGUGAGAUUACAGUUGCAACAAGAAACCGUUUCUUCUGUUUUGGGUUCUUGCUCCAGUGAAGACGGGCGCUAUGAGGUGCGCUCUGUCCUGGGGAAAGAGGUGGGACCGCUGCAUUGCUAUGUCCAGUGUGUGAAUACUAAUGUGGAGCUGGAGGAGAUCUGUCUUCUGCAAGCAGGAACCAGUGGAACUCAAGCGGGUCUGGACUUUGCCAUGUAGUUACCAGUUAACUAUGUUCACGGUGGGAACAGAAUAUGAAAAGUAUAUAUGUGCAUGAAAACCGUGUUAUAUUAAAAUGUAUAUAUUAGUGUUUUAUUAAAGCCAUUUUUGUAGAAA